AUGGAUCGAUGUAAAAAAACAUGUGGGUAUUGUGAUGAAGGUGUUGUUAAAUCAUCAAAUUGCAAGGAUAAUUUUACAAGUGGACCAAAUGACUGUACAUCUUUAAAAUCUUAUUGUAAACAUCCACAAUAUUUACAAAUGAUGAAAGAAAACUGCCAAAAAACUUGUGGAUAUUGUAUUCCAACAGAUGAUAAUAAUGAUACAUCUAAUGAUAAAAACGAUUGCAUUGAUGAGCUUGAUAAAAAAGGCACAAAUUAUUGUAAAAGCUACGAAAAACUUUGUAAAAAUAUUGUUUACAAAAAAUUAAUGUAUCAAAAUUGUAAAAAAACCUGUGGAUAUUGUUAA